UAUAGCAUCAACCCGGAACUAACUAGCAUGUUAAGAAGUUAAAGCCAGGCUUCCCGGCGACUUCUCGAGAGGCAGAGCGGGACACUUGCGCAAUUCUAUUUAACGCUGAAGAGGAUCUUACAUACAUGGGUCCCCGACUUUUGCUUCAUAUCGUUCACCUUGCAAAUCUCGUUCUGGUGUCAAAAGGUGCAACAAAUAUUAAGAAGGGUUGGAAGGGAUCCCCCGACGACGUGGUGGGGUACAGGGUAGUGGCUGAUCUCAAUGCCUGUAAGGCUGUCCUUCAGAAAUAUGACACGGCAAUGGCGGGCGCAUUCUGCUCCGGAGAAUACUCGUGUUACUUGUACGCGACCGACUCAAAGCUAACAGAAGAUGCUAGUUGUACGUUCUUUAGGAGGGAGCGCAUUACAGCCACAACAGCUGCCCACACAGCUGCGUCUGAAGCAGUUAGCACGGAACGGAAUGCUGCUACAACCACCUCGACUGUAGAACCAACCACCUCGACUGCAAACAAAACCACCUCGACUGCAGAACCAACCACCUCGACUGCAAAACCAAAUUACUUGAUGACCACAGCGACUCAUUCAAAGUCAGCAGCAACACCUUCGACAACUGUGUCUGCAGCCGUUACAACGGAACCGAAUGCAACCUCAACCACGUCGACUGCAGAACCAAACAACAUUACGGUUCCAGGGACUCGUCCAAAGUCAGCUGUGUCUGAAGCAGUUACAACGGAACUGAAUGCAAUUACAACCACCUCCACUACAGAACCUACCACCCCGACUACAGAACCAACCACCCCGACUACAGAACCAACCACCCCGACUACAGAACCAACCACCCCGACUACAGAACCUAACUACUCGAAGUUUACAGCUAUUCCUGGGAAGUCAGCUGUGCCAAAAGCUUUUACAACGGAAUCGACUGCAACUACAACUACCCCGAUUGCAACUGCAACUACCCCGAUUGCAACUACAACUACAGCGACUGCAACUACAACUACCCCGACUGCAACUACAACUACAGCGGUUGCAACUACAACUACCCUGACUACAACUACAACUACACCGACAGCAACUACACCUACCCCGACUGCAACUACAACUUCCCUGACUGCAGAAUCAAACUUUGCGAAUGCAGUCGGCCAGUCAAAGUCAGACGGUUCUCUGAUGUCAACGAAUACCCAAGUAAUAAUCGCCGUAACCAUAGGAACCCUCGCGGUUGCAUCCCUCAUCACAUUUUUCGGUAUACUUAUACUUGGGUAAGUAGCAGAAGACGCAAACGAAGGAGACGUCGUUUUGAUCUAGUGGCGGGUCCCACUGACCAUAACUAGAGAAGCGAAAAACGUUCCAACGCCGUCUUCCUCAGUUGAAAUUCACCAGCAAUCUUCAUCCUUCCAGAAAGGACCCGGAUGUUCUUUGAAAAAACAAUGGUGUCACAUUCGUAGCAUGAAUUACUCCAUAUCAAAAUCGAACAGUGUCGUCAAAUCAGUUGUCCCAUCGCUCCACCAGUGUCAUGGUGCUGGUUUGAAUCAAGCAUGUUUCAUAAUCUUGGGUAUUAUCGAGUAAACUGUAUAUUAAUGUU